AUGGAAGAAAGAAUAGAAAGCAUUGGUGAAAACGAGAAAAUCAACAUUUGUGUGAUUAAACUGCAAGCUGAAAUUCGUUAUUAUCUGCAAUCGAUUGCCUUAAACAGAAAAACUAAAAACAUGGAGUGCAUCAAAAUUUUGCAAAAAAAUAUCCGUCACUGGCAAAAAAAUUAUGAAGAUGCUUGGUAUCAAAUGUAUGGCCAUAUACGACCAAGAUUGAAACGUACAAAAAUGCGUGAAAUGAUUGAAAAAAUGCAAAAACAAAUGGUACUGCUCGAGGAAAAAAUGAUGAAAGAAAACGACGAAUAUGAUAGUUUUCAGCAAAAAAUUUCUGAAAUAGAAAGUGAGAAACAGAAGCUUAUGGAUCAGUUAGAAAUGGUUAAGAGCGGUGCGACAACAGUUGAAGAACGAUUAUCAGCUGCGAAAAAUGCAAAUAAUGAAUUGCAAAAAAUGCUGAAUGAUGCCAACAAUUUGCUUACUAAACAGGAAAAUGAAACAUCUGAGGUAAUUGGAAUUUAUUUUCUUUUCAUGUAAUC